UCAACCAGCCCCCCAACACAGACGCUGCAUUCAACAGAGGAAACGGAAAAGACGAAACAUACAAAAGGGUUUUUCAUUUCAAAACCCCGGGGCAGUGGAAAGAACAGAUAGUUCCUUUAUAUAUUUAAACUUAUCAACUGUUGGCUUCAUUGCCAGACCACAAACCGCCUUCCUCUCCCCUAUUUUUACUGUUUGCCCAUCUUUUCCCCAGCUGUUUACAGCUGGCAGAAAGCACCCGCCCUGUUCGGUAAAAAGGGACCGAGAGUGACCGGAGGAGGAGAGAGAUGCCACCCCAACCUGACCAGCCGCAGGUGAGGAAGAACAUCCUGAAGUUCCUUAAAAGUUUUCUGGGAAUCAUCCGGAUCCUGCAGAUUGUAUUCGGAGCCGGGUUGUGGGUCACCAUCGCUGCAAACAAAUACGAAGGAUCCAUCCACUUCGUCCUGUUCGUCGCAGUCCUCUUCUGGCUCCUCACCCUCGCCCUUUUCUUCCUCACUCUGCUGGACAAGCAGGACCUGGUCCCGCUACUGGGAGGGGAGCGAUGGCUGUGCACUAACCUGGCGCACGACGUGGCCGCUGCAGUCCUCUACCUACCGGCCAUUGGUGUCAUGAUCUACAAGACCGACCGCAACUCCUACUGCAACCUGGAUCUGUACAAGCACCAUUGUCUCUACAAGGUCUACUUGACAGCCGCCGUGUUUGCCUGCCUUUGCUGCCUGGUUUACAUUGUGUCGGUUAUUUAUGGAGCAUGCAGGAAGUGUCGAGGAGAACAGACAGUCAUCUGAUGAGACUGAAGGGGGUGAGGGCAACAGGGAAUGGUACGGUUGCCUUUUUAGGGGGGCAUCCACAGCAAGAUGAGGAAUAGUUAACUUCACUGUAAUUUAACUCAACAGAUACUCUUAUCGCAGGAUUUUUUAUGUCCUCUAAUCCAAACGUUACAGCAGAAUCCUUCCAAAAUCACUGUCAGUAUUUUAGAGUUGCUGGCAUCAGAAAAACACAAGCACCUCCUACAGAGGCCUAGUUACCCUGGAUGGACUCUGAUUAGUAAUGUUUUAGGAGGACAUAGUGUCUCCUGUAGGUAAGGCCUUUCAUUUAUCUCUUAAUUUAAUGUAAUUUUCCUGCAAAAUAAAUCUGAAAGUGCUACUUAUAGAGGGGUAGCAGUAUAGUUAUUGUUUACAAAUCAAUGACCUGAACAUACCUUGUUUAGAUUAGAGUUGGUACUGUCAAUCUGAAACCUCUCAUAGGGGUUUUCUUUUUCUAAGAGAUAUUUUUUAUCACCUUUAAAAAUAAAAAAUAUAUUAUGUCUUUUAUGUUUUGUAUGACAGCAAACUGCAAUGCCUUUUUUCAUUACUCUGUAUACUCAACAAGGUUUUUACAACAACAACCCCACACAAUACAGUUGUUAUUGGUGCUACAAUGUCUAUGCUGAACAAAAACAUCCUUUAAGUGUUCAUUAUGUAAAGCCAAAGAAUAAAGACCAGUCAAGUGAGA